CUAGUAUUUUCAGGCAUUGACUCUUCUGGGGAGGCUGAGAUGACUCCGUAUCAGAUCGCAGAGCUGAGAUGCCCAUGAGUAAUUUUUUUUCUCCAAACAUUUAUUUACCUUUUCUUUUCUUGAUUCAUGCACAUUUGGCUAAGCAUUCAGUUGCCGCGCGUGAAAAAUGCAUUUUGGGAUUCUGGAAAAUAGGUUUAAGUAAUGGAAAAUACCUGAAUUUGGCAAUUCGAAGCAGAAUUCGGAUACUAGGAAGAGAGCAGAUUGCAUGGAUUCCAGGAUAAACUUUGGGGAGGAAUUUGCAAUUCCAGAAGACAAAGAAUUGCAGUUUAUGGGUUCUUUGGUGCCAAUCACACCGGAGAAGAACAUCCCAAGAAGAUCAGGUCAGAUCCCGGUGCCUGAUGUCCACCAUGGCAGCCAACUCACUGGAGCAGAUUGGCCUGAACUGGCGGAAUUUCCGAAGGGAUAUUUUCAGGAUUUACUGAAUUGCAAUGGGGUUCUACCAAACUUCAAUCCAAUUGGAACGGAGGGUCAGACUGGGGGACACUAUGCUAGCAGUUCCAAUGUGGUUGAGAGGAACAGGAUGAUCAACAACAUUGCGGAAUCUUACACACAUACCCUUUACAAUAUGGGUGCAGGACGGAACAGUAAUCCAUUGACAAAUGUUGCGGCCACAAGAAAUGCAGCUGCUUUUGCCUCGGCAACCAGAAACGCUAUGGCAGAUGGUCCCUUGACUCCGAAUUUGCAUUCUCAAGCCGACAACUGGAGACUGUCCAACACUGGAAAUCUGGCGCUUGGGAACCAAAAUCACUCUGGUAACAACAAUAUGGUGCGCCAUGACCAAACUCACCACACAAGUUUUCAUCUUUUGAGGAACAAUAACAGCUUCCACCAGAUGCCUAUGGAUGGAUUUCCCUUACCUUCCAAGCCCAUAUACAACAUAAACUCACCAGUGAGAGCAGAAGCUGGUGCCAUCUCCGGUUUGACCACCUCAUUCCCCUUCACACCAGAUUUGCCUCAAAAGUUAGAGAACAACCUGCUAUCUGCAUUGUUGACUUCGACUAAUGAAAGCUCAAGUCAUGAAAAGGAAAGGCAGAAAGAUUUAAUGACAUCCACAGUAAAUGAAGUUACUUGUGAUGAACUCUUACAGAACAUUGUUGAUUCAUCUGCUGUCAUUUCCACACCAACAAAGGAGAAAAAGGACUCAGAUGGAGGAAGUGACCAAGGUAUUGACCUGAACAAGACACCCCAGCAAAAGCCAUCUAAAAGAAGAAAAUACAGGCCCAAAGCAGUUGUGGAAGGGAAACCCAAAAGGACCCCAAAAACGGCAACUCCUACAAACACUAGCUCCAAGGAGAACCCAAGUGGAAAGAGGAAGUAUGUGCGCAAGAAAGGACUGAAAGGAUCAGCAAUUGAACAGGACACUAUAAGGGAAUCUGAUCCAUGUGCUGGGGGUGCUGGAAAGAGGAAGUACGUACGCAGAAAAGGACUGACAGAAUCACCAACUGGAAAAGAAGAUUCUGCAAAGCAGUCUAAUCCUGGUGCUGGAGGUGCCAGGAAAAGGAACUAUAUGCACAAGAAUGGCCUGAAAGAUUCAGUGACUGAAGAGGAAAGUAUAAAAGAGACUUGUGCUGGUACUGGAGCUGCCACAAAGUCAUGCAGAAGGGUGCUGGAUUUUGAAACAGAGAAGAUGGGAAAUGGCAGGCAGGGUCAACUAGGUAAGCACCAGGAAAUGCAGGAGGGACGUAACAUCUCUGAUUGUCAAACCACAGGAUUCUGGGAUGCAGUACUUAGUGGGUCUGGAACUAAGUCCACUGAACAGAUCUAUCAACAGAAUGGACUAGCAGCAGACAAUGAGCAACCCAGAACCAUAAAUAACCACACCACUUCCCUGAAUAAACUAAAUCCAGCUAACCACAUAAUGAUGCUAGGAACGUUCAGAGCUACUGCCUCAGAAGACCCACAAAUGGGAAAUUUAAAUCCCAUUGCAAGAAAUGUAAAUAUGGGAUUUGUAGAUUCAUGCCAAGAAAGUAGCAGAAGUGUGAAUUCUUCUAUAGAGCAAAACAUCCAUCUGAAAGGAAUUGGUCAAGUUGAAACAAUUGACAGGGCCAGAGAAGUAAUGUGUCAGCAUACCCCUCAACCAGUGCCAAACAAUUUGUUCUAUUCUGAUGAAGGUCGAUCCAAGAAAGAAUAUUGUCAUGCCAUGGAGCAAAGAAAAUCCUCUACUCUAGGCCCAAUGACCACAUUACUGUGCCAAGAGAUAUUCCAAACGGAUGGUUGUUUUAGAAAUGGCAGCAUUCUGGAAGCAGAUUGUUUAGAAGCUCACAAGAGAAAGAAAACUGAGUAUGGAUCCCACAUGCACAUUCAUACUAUGCCGUCUUGUUCAACACCAGUUAAUGAUGGCUCCAGACAAGCUGAAACAAGAAUCACAUAUAAUGUCAAUGCUGAAAAUUUUUCAGUGCUUAGGAAUUGUGGAACUUUUGAUCCACAUCUUGAAAGCAAAGACAUGGCAAGGAGAAAAUUUGGCGAGGCCAACCAACUUACAGGUGAUAGGCAUGUUUACUCUUCAGCCCCAAGGCACACUUCGCUAAGGCAACACAUUCCAUCUGAAUUGCAUUCAGGCAUAGAAAGAAUGGCAGAGACCAAUCAGUUGAUUCAAGUCCAUAACUUAGCUGCAGCAGAGAAUCACAACCACCUCCCACCCCCUAAUCCUGCAGAGAACCCUGCACCUCAGCGCUGGGUGGUUGUUGAUGCAAAUAAUGUUUUCCCAAUAAGACAUGGAAAUAUUUUUCAGAAGCAGAACACAGAGCCAUCUCUAUCCUAUAGAGCUUCAUCUGCAACAGGAAGGUUGCUGCAUGAAAAGGAAGGCAUGCAUGAUUAUCUGUUGUCGUCUGCAAAAGCAAAAGGGAAUGAUGCAAGGCUGUAUUCAAGACAGCUCAUUCUCAUUGAUGAAAUGAUAAACAAAAUUAAGGACCUCAGUCUGAAUGAGAGGAACAAUGAUAAAGAACAAAAUGCACUUGUCCCGUACAAAGGAGAUGGCAAUAUUGUUCCAUACAAAGCAUUUGAAUUUACAAAGAAACGCAAAUCACGGCCUAAAGUGGACCUUGAUCCAGAGACAAAUAAAGUGUGGAAAUUGUUGAUGGGGAAGGAGGGAAAUGAUGUUGAAGGAACAGAUAAGGAGAAGGAAAAAUGGUGGGAGGAGGAAAGGAGAGUUUUCCGCGGACGAGCUGAUUCAUUCAUUGCAAGAAUGCAUCUUAUACAAGGAGACAGGCGCUUCUCUAAAUGGAAGGGAUCUGUGGUGGACUCAGUAAUAGGAGUUUACCUUACUCAAAAUGUAUCGGACCACCUUUCAAGCUCUGCCUUCAUGUCUCUAGCAGCAAGGUUUCCUCUGAAGUCAAAAUGCAUGAGAACUGGUGAUGGGAAUGAGGCAAUCGCGAUGGUUACAGAAUGUCAAGUCUGUGAACCAAACCUGAAUACAAGUAGCACCAUAAAAUGGCGUGAAAAUCCAUCCAUUCAUUCAUUCAACAGCCAAAUCUCUGAGGUAACCAGUCAAUCAGCAGAUUACCGGAAGGACAGUGAGAACUCAGGUAUAGAAAGAGCAAGUUUAACAGACACCCACAGCCAGAACUUGGAUGAAGAGGUGCUAUCAUCACAAGGUUCUUAUGAUUCCUCAGUCAUCCAAGUAACUGGAGGAAUCAGAUCAUAUUCAGGUUCCAACUCAGAAGGAGAAGAUCCCACCACUGGAUGCAACCGAAAGAACAAUAAUGUUUCAACUCUUCAUCAGAUGGGGAACACCACAUUGUUUGAGGAAUUUUACAAUAGUGUCAAUAAGACUACAUUGUUCCAUGAAGGAUUAAAGCAUGGACAAAAGCAGUUAGAAAAUGGCCAGCUGAAUUCUAGAUUGGACAAAAUGGAUAACCUCAAAGGAUUUUCAAUAUUUAAUCAAGCACACCAUUUCAAAAAUCAGCAGAGACAGGUACCAGAUGUUCCUUUGAAUAAUUACCAGCCCCACAUGACUUCAGAAUCUGAAGUAGUAGACUUGGAGGGUUUCGGACUAUAUGAUGAAGAAUGCAUGUCUUCCUGGGUUUCACCUGCUUCUAGGUUCAGUAAGCCAAAGCAACCAGUAGAAAAUGAUGGUAAACCCAUGGUUCAGCAGGAUGGACUUCCAAGAUGCCAAGAAACAGGCCCGAUAAGCAGAUUAUUAUGUGAGCAUGCAAUGUACCAACAAGAAAUUUCUCAACCUGCAUCGCAUACUAAAAGCAGCCAGCCCUGCAACAAUAUUCGAGGAAUUGGGAACAAAUCAUUCCAAAAAGAAAGCGCAUCAGUCCGAGGACCUCUGAAUCUCAAUGCACUUGCUAACAGCCAGAAUAGUACUGUUUCAUACACUGCACAUGCCCAGCUCACAGUGAGAACUUCAAAUAUUGUGCACAAUAUGCCUGCAAUGAGUGAGCAAAAAGAAACACAAAAUAAAUUGACUCAUUCCAAUUCAGGGAAGCUAACAAAUUCUACUUUCAUGAGGUAUGAUAAGACCAAAAGUAACAUCUCAAAAGUGAAGAGAAGAAAGAUUGAGGAUGAGAAAGACAACGCAAUUGACUGGGAUAGUUUACGAAGGCAAGUGCAAGCCAAUGGUAGCAGAAAGGAAAGGACGGAAGAUACAAUGGAUUCAUUGGACUAUGAAGCUAUGAGACAAGCUGAUGUUAAUGAGAUCUCCAGAGCCAUCAAAGAGCGAGGGAUGAACAAUAUGCUAGCAGAAAGAAUUAAGGAAUUCUUGAACCGACUGGUCAGAGAACAUGGAAGCAUUGAUCUUGAAUGGUUAAGAGAUGUUCCCCCUGACAAAGCAAAAGAUUAUCUACUAAGCAUACGAGGAUUGGGGUUGAAAAGUGUGGAGUGCGUCCGCCUUUUAACCCUUCACCAUGUUGCUUUUCCGGUUGACACAAAUGUUGGACGAAUUGCUGUUAGACUGGGAUGGGUCCCCCUCCAACCUCUGCCUGAGUCACUUCAGUUACACCUCCUAGAACUGUACCCGGUACUCGAGUCAAUUCAGAAAUAUCUCUGGCCAAGAUUGUGUAAGCUUGAUCAGCGAACACUGUAUGAACUACAUUACCAAAUGAUUACAUUCGGGAAGGUAUUUUGCACAAAGAGCAAACCAAAUUGCAAUGCAUGUCCACUGAGAGGAGAGUGCAGACACUUUGCUAGUGCUUUUGCAAGUGCAAGGCUUGCGUUGCCAGGGCCAGAAGAGAAGAGCAUAACAAGUUCAGGUGUUCCAAUCAUGGCUGAAAGAAAUCCCCCAGAAGUAUUUAACCCAAUGCUACCAGCUCCAGCAGAAAACAACACACUUGGAGCACGGUCUAGUCAUGGUAACUGUGAACCUAUCAUUGAAGAACCAGCAACCCCAGAACCGGUACAGACUGAAGUAUCUCUAAGUGACAUUGAAGAUGCAUUCUAUGAGGAUCCCGAUGAAAUUCCCACAAUAAGAUUAAAUGUUGAAGAGUUUGCAGCAAAUCUACAGCAUUACAUGGAAGAAAAUAUGGAACUCCAAGAAGGUGACAUGUCUAAGGCUUUAGUUGCUUUGAACACUGAGGCUGCUUCUAUUCCUAUGCCCAAACUGAAGAAUGUGAGUCGGCUACGAACAGAGCACCAUGUGUAUGAACUUCCUGAUAAUCAUCCACUCUUGCAAGGGAUGGAUAAAAGGGAGCCUGAUGAUCCUAGCCCCUACCUUCUUGCAAUAUGGACGCCUGGUGAAACUGCAAAUUCAACCGAACCACCUGAAGAAAGAUGUGGUUCUCAAGAACCAGGUAAAUUAUGCAGUGAGAAGACAUGCUUUUCAUGCAAUAGUAUAAGAGAAGCUAAUGCACAAAUGGUCAGGGGAACACUUCUGAUACCUUGUAGAACAGCAAUGAGAGGAAGCUUUCCCCUAAAUGGGACAUAUUUUCAAGUUAAUGAGGUCUUUGCAGAUCAUGAAUCAAGCCUCAACCCUAUUGAUGUUCCAAGAGAAUGGAUCUGGAACUUGCCCAGACGGAUUGUAUACUUUGGAACCACUGUAUCAACAAUAUUCAAAGGCCUUUCAACAGAGGGAAUUCAGUACUGCUUCUGGAAAGGAUUUGUUUGCGUUAGAGGAUUUGACCAAAAAACACGAGCACCACGACCUCUUAUUGCCAGAUUGCAUUUUCCGGCAAGUAAACAGGCCAAAACAAGAAAUGAAAAUAAAAGAUAAGAAAACCACGAUUCACCAACCGAGGCCUAAGACAAAUAAUUGCUGACGUAGAAAAGAAGCAUUCUUACUAACAUAUUAUUGUACACUCCAUUAUUAAUUCUUUCUCUAACAUGAGAUACAUUGACCCCAAGUUAGUUCCAUGGGAAGAAAUUUUCAAGUUAAAUUUACAAUCCCAUGGGAAGUGGGGAACAUAUUGUACAUGAUCCUGCUCAAAAUGAGCCAUUCUUCAGAACAUAGCCAACAUAAGCUCCUCUUUUGCAUUCUCUAAAUACAUAGACUUUUUGUUC